GAACCCUCUGAGCUUUGGCCUUCUUGUCUGUGGAAUGGGAAUGAUGAUGUAUCUCAUGAAGUUGCUCUGACCACUAACAGACAGUGCUGAAAAGGAUGUGGUGCAUCCUGGCGCCUGGGGGGUGAUUUGGUGCUGGGAGCUAUCAUCAUCAUCAUCAUCAUCAUCACUGUAAUUGUUACUGCUUUGUUGCUCUUUUCUGUUUCUAUGUCCAUCAUCACAUCCUUGAGGGCAGGGCCUGGGUCAUGGCCUCUCUUGGCUACUCAUCCUUUUCAUGAUCCUUCCAGGGACCACACUGGUGUUGGCCCCAAGGAUGGGCCACUGCUGCCCAGGCUAGGGCUGGCCUGGACCUGCUCUGUCUAGUGCAGUCGUCACUGAUCACCUGUGGCCCGUGCCUACUGUGCUGGGCAGUGCAGGGUAGAAUCUCUCGUCGCAGGAAGCUGUGCUGAGCUGGACUCCACAGCUAACCUGGAGCUCUCAUGGCACCGCAGCCUCGAAACAUCCUCACAGUGGCUCCAACAGCCACCAGCCACCUGCUGAGCACGGACAGCAAGAAGUCUGUAAUCACACAGACACUGAGUUCCUGUGGGCCUCCCCGCGUUCCCUGCCAGGCGGCCUUGCUCACCUGGCAAGGGUGGUUAGUGUUUUGGCAGUUCUUACCAGCCCAGCGGUGGGAGGGCAGGACUGGGGGUGCCCAAACUGUCCCUGUUGCCGGCUGUCCCUGUCCUGUUUCUCCAGCUCAUCUUGCCGGGCAGCGAGUCCCAGAGUGAUGUUCCUAAUUCACAGCUUUGCACAGGCUAGGCUGGCCCAGACGCCUGACCUCACUGCUGGGGCCUGCCUCGCCCAUGCCUGCUGCCCCCACCCCAUUCCUUACCCACGGCCCCCUUUCCCUCUCCCCCUUGGCAUGCCUGGGCCUCCAGGAAGCCCUUUCUGACCCAUCACACAAGUUCGCUCUCUUGCUUGGCAAGGCCCUCCCUCAGACCUUGUUUCUGGUGCUUAGCACUUUCCUCCCUGGUUUGCUCUGGUGCUCACUCCUCUUGGCCGGGCAUACAGCACAUAUUCCCUCAGCGUCAGCUGCACGUCAGGCAGCCAUGAGCACCAGCCACCCUGAGCCCGGUGCCCGGGCACGGAGCCCCCAGCCAAGAUCCCUGUCCCGGAGCUCGUCCAGCCUGCUGGGUGAUGGCCGGGGACAGAGGCCAGAGCUCCGAAAGAGUGCCAGCAGCACUGUCUGGCAGGCCCAGCGGGGCACCAGCACCAGUCCCCAGGUCCAGGAGGAAGAGGGGCACUCAGCUGAGAGCACGGAGCAGGCACAGGGCCCCGGCCCUGGGCCACAGCCUGGUGUCACAGGCCACUGGCGGAGCAGCACUGUGGGCAAUGUGUCUACUGUGGAUGGUGGUGACCUGUGUCGCCUGAGGGUCCCCAGCGCCGCUGCCGUGCAGAGGAGCCACUCAGAUCUGGUCCGCCCACAGACCCGGGGCCACAGUGGGGCUCGGAGGGCCAGCCUCAGUUGCUCAGCCCUGGGCAGCUCGCCGGUCCACAGGGCACGGCUGCAGCCUGGUGGCACUUCUGGCCAGGGAGGUCAGGCCCCUGCAGGCCCGGGAAAGGACCUGGCUCCAGAGGAUGGGAUGUCAAGCUCAGCCUGGACCCUGGGAGAGAGUCAGGUGUGGGUGUCGCCAGUCGACCUGGGAGGCACACCCACCCACAGCAGCAGCCCCAAGGCCAGGCCCAAAGCCACUGGGCAGUCAGCUGCCACCUCCUGCCGUGCUCUGCCCCCAGCAGCUCUACUCUGUGACAUGAGGGACGAGGGCGCCCGAGGCUCCUGCCAUGCUCUGCCUGCCCCAGGGAUCCUGGCCUUUCCCAAACUAGUAGCAUCAGUGAGUGAGUCUGGGCUGCAGGCUCAGCGUGGCAUGAAGUUCCAGUGUGGGUUACCCGGGGGGCAUCCUGGGCAUUCCCCCUGCUGUGCCCAUCCUUGGGAUCCCACUGGCUCAGCUAUGGAGCCUGGCGCAAGGACCAAAGAUGUGUGGACCAUGACCUCAGCCAGUGACUUGGCCCCAGUGCUGAUGUCCCCUCUGUCAGCCCAGGAUGCUGGUGUGCAGGUGGCCCCCAUGGCAGUGUGCAAGGCUGUGGCCACCAGCCCGCCCCUGGAAGUCCCGGUGGCCCUGCACCCAUUCCCAGAGGUAACUCUGGGGUCCAGGCUGGAGGAGGCGGCGUCCCCUGUGCGGGAUGUGAGGUGGGAUGCUGAAGGCAUGACGUGGGAGGUGUACGGGGCUGCAGUGGACCCUGAGGUGCUUGGUGUGGCCAUUCAGAAGCACCUGGAGAUGCAGUUUGAGCAGCUGCAGCUGGCACCUGCCAGUGAGGACAGCCUGUCCUCAGAGGGCCGGAGGGGGCCGCUGCGGGCUGUCAUGCAGUCGCUGAGGCGCCCCAGCUGCUGCGGCUGCCCCAGCACAGCCCCAGAGUGAGGAGUUGUGGCCCCAAGGGCUGCCCUGCCCCCUGGACUCAGCCCCCCUACCAGGGACAGUGGGGGCUCCAUGCCCUUUGGACCCACUGGCAGCCGUGGAUAUGUCUUUGCUGUCAGCUGCCAGCAGAUGCAGGACUUCAGCCUGGGGACUUGCUAGGGGCAGCUGGACUGGUUUUUAAGGGCUUGAUUCCCACAGGCCACAUCUGCAUAUUGGGCGCUGAACUUUGGGCAGUUUCAGCACCGUGUACAAGGGAGGGCCUGAUUUUUCUGUAAAAUCAUCUCUGUCCAGCCUCUUCAGACUCUGCUGUGACUUCCCUGAGAGUCGUGGUGGCUUUACUUGAAAGCAGAGCUGAGACGAGGAAUCCUUGACCUGAACGGGGCCCAGGUGACGGGUCAGCUGGGUCUUUAGAGACGGGACCUGACGCUGCCAAAGGCUUCCUGUCUGCCACGCCGUUCGGCACCUGGCCUUGCGGAGCCUUCAUGCAUGGACGAAAGCGCAGACGUGUGGCCGGGCUGUGGCUGACAUCCCCGGGUUGGACGACGGAGCAGAGGCUGAGGUUCAAAGCAGGGCUGGCUGAGGCCUGGGGUCUUCCUGCAGCUCGCCAGCCAGCCAGCCAGCCAGCCAGCCAGCCAGCCAGGAGGCGGUUGUGCACGAGUCCCUUGAGGCCACAUUCUAUGCCAGGUCUGGGUUUCUUGGGAGAUGAGACCAGCUGCAUGUGCCCUCGCUGCGCUCACGUGUGGAAGGGGCGCACCUCGGGACCAGGGAGCUGAGCUGUAAGAAAGGCUGCAGGUGUGUCUGAGUGUGGCUCCAUCUCUCACUGUAUCCGGGGUGGCCUCAGGAGUGGGAAAACAGGUGACCCCCGCCCCCAAAUAUGUCACGGUCCUGAACUUGCACCAUUAUUACCUCAUUCCUUUGGUUUAAGGAUUUAUUUUCAGCUGGCGCAGUUACUCAACGAAGGGAGGGUAGGGAUGAUGGGUAGAGGAGCCUGCGAUGGGGUCUCCCACUGGUGGGAAAUGGCAGGGGCUGUGAGGCUGUGGGCCUAUUUGCCCUGGUCCUGCACACCUGACCUGACAUGGGCCAGGGCUCAUGGGGUCCAGGGGAUCAUGGGAGUGGGGGAGCCCAGGUCACCAGGGCUCGACACAGAAUGACUUGACUGCCCAAGGAUCUCUCCAGGCCCACGGAGGAUGGAGUGGGCUUACAGUUGGAAAUCUAAGCUCCCGAAACAGAACCUGCCAGCCCACCUUUGAGGAGCCAGGGACUCACGGAGGUGGAAAUGAUCCAGGCGACAAUGGGAUCAUUUUAGAUGCAGGAGUGACAUGCUACCACCAAGGAGCGAGGUGGUGCCCCCGGAGCCCUGCCCUGGUUAGCUUGCUGCCUUGAGACAACAGGAUGGGCCCUGGGCCUCACUCGCCAGGCUGCACAGCCUCAGCCCAUGGAUGGGCGGCAGCUGGAUCUGAAUUUGCCCUGGAGACACAGACCACCCUGCCUCCUGCCUUGUCCCUCAUGGGGCAGUCUGGCAGUUGGUCAGGCUCUCAGCACUGGCCACCAGCGUAGUUUACAGGUCUCCUCUCAGACCCCAGAUUUCUGAUCAGACUUUCUGGGUUCCCUUCAGGCUCUGCUCUGGGAGGUGGCGGAUCUCAUUAUUUGUACAUUUCUUUUGAAUUGAAAUAAAGUUUUGGAGGUCGGAGCUUUGCCAGGGAA